UCUGCCUACGGCGGCGAAUCGCACCCCUCCCCCUCCAGCUCUACAGCCGGGGACACCGCCAGCGCCAACCCGAGAUUGCUUUGAAACGCUCCCGCUAAGGGAUCUCCGUCCCCUCCCAGCCGGGCAUGGCACUGCCUCCACCCGCCACCACCGAACCCUGCCAGGCCUAGAAGACUUUCUGACCGUGCCUGGCAACUCCGCGCUGCCGGGAAACCCGGGGGCUGCCUGCAGCGCUCUCAGACUCCCCGCUCGCUGCCGCACACAGGCGCGCUCCCUCGCCCUCGCCCUCUCCCCCCCCCGGCUCCGCACGCCGGCGCUCCCUCUCUCUCUCACACACACACGCACGCACGCUUUCUCUCACUCUCCCUUUACCCGAAGGUGCACGGAUAGCCAUUUAAUGAGGGGGAAAAGUUAAGAGAUUAAACCAAUAUGAACCAUCGUUGCUCGUAGCAGUGCCCUAUCCAGAGCAGAGCAGAAUCCAGCGAGCAUCCCUGCAGGAAUGGAGUCGGUAAAACAAAGGAUUUUGACCCCUGGCAAGGAGGGAUUGAAGAAUUUUGCUGGAAAAUCGCUUGGUCAACUCUACAGAGUCCUAGAGAAGAGGCAGAAGCCCGGGGACACCAUCGAACUGACGGAAGAUGGAAAGCCCAUGGAAAUGCCCGAGAAGAAAGCCCCGCUGUGCGACUGUACCUGCUUCGGGCUGCCCCGGAGGUACAUCAUUGCCAUCAUGAGUGGACUGGGAUUCUGCAUUUCCUUCGGUAUCCGAUGUAACUUGGGAGUGGCCAUCGUGGAUAUGGUCAAUAACAGCACCAUACACCGAGGAGGAAAAAUUAUUAAAGAGAAAGCGAAGUUUAAUUGGGAUCCCGAAACAGUUGGCAUGAUCCACGGCUCUUUUUUCUGGGGGUACAUAAUCACCCAAAUCCCCGGCGGGUAUAUCUCGUCCCGGCUGGCAGCUAACAGAGUAUUUGGUGCUGCUAUACUGCUGACAUCCUCUCUCAACAUGUUAAUCCCGUCUGCAGCCAGAGUGCACUAUGGGUGUGUCAUCUUUGUUAGGAUCUUGCAGGGCCUUGUAGAGGGGGUCACCUACCCUGCCUGCCACGGUAUUUGGAGCAAGUGGGCCCCCCCAUUAGAAAGAAGUAGGUUAGCAACCACUUCCUUUUGUGGUUCCUAUGCAGGAGCUGUUAUUGCAAUGCCUUUAGCUGGAAUUCUAGUGCAAUAUACUGGGUGGUCUUCUGUGUUCUAUGUGUAUGGGAGCUUUGGAAUAGUCUGGUACAUGUUUUGGCUUUUGGUUUCAUAUGAGAGUCCUGCAAAGCAUCCUACGAUCACAGAUGAAGAAAGGAGAUACAUAGAAGAAAGCAUUGGAGAGAGUGCCAACCUCCUAGGUGCAAUGGAAAAAUACAAAACUCCAUGGAGAAAAUUUUUUACAUCUAUGCCAGUCUAUGCAAUAAUUGUUGCAAACUUCUGUAGGAGCUGGACUUUUUACUUGCUGCUUAUUAGUCAGCCUGCUUACUUUGAGGAAGUCUUUGGAUUUGAAAUAAGCAAGGUGGGUAUCUUAUCUGCUGUGCCGCAUUUAGUGAUGACAAUUAUUGUUCCUAUUGGGGGACAAAUUGCAGACUUUUUAAGAAGCAGGCAGAUUCUUUCAACCACUACUGUAAGAAAGAUAAUGAACUGUGGAGGUUUUGGUAUGGAAGCAACGCUUCUUCUUGUGGUGGGCUAUUCUCACAGUAAAGGAGUGGCUAUUUCAUUCCUAGUGCUUGCUGUAGGCUUUAGUGGAUUUGCCAUAUCUGGAUUCAAUGUCAACCAUUUAGACAUUGCCCCGAGGUAUGCCAGCAUCUUAAUGGGGAUUUCUAAUGGAGUCGGGACCUUGUCUGGAAUGGUUUGCCCUAUAAUUGUCGGAGCAAUGACAAAGAACAAGACACGUGAAGAGUGGCAGUAUGUCUUCCUCAUCGCUGCUUUAGUUCAUUAUGGAGGUGUUAUCUUCUAUGGCAUAUUUGCUUCGGGAGAGAAACAACCCUGGGCGGACCCCGAACAGACAAGUGAAGAGAAAUGUGGCUUUAUUCAUGAAGAUGAACUUGCUGAAGAGACAGGGGACAUUACUCAGAAUUAUGUAAAUUAUGGUACCACCAAGUCUUAUGGUGCUACAACCCAGGUCAACGGUGGCUGGCCUAAUGGUUGGGAGAAAAAAGAGGAAUUUGUACAAGAGGAAGUACAAGACUCAUACAACUACAAGGAAGGAGAUUAUUCAUAACAAACCUAAAUAUUGGUUAUAUUUUGUAGUGUUUGUGAUUAAAUUCAUUGUGAUUGUUUGCACACAGAAAUACAAAAUGUGGUAUAAACAUGUAAACACAUAUCAAACAGGAAGGUCUUACUGUAAAAAAAUGCAUCAAAGUGCAAUCUGUAUGAGUUGUGACAUGUCAUCACUUUCAUUAGGUUAUAUUUGUUCUAUAAACAUUAGAGUUUUAAGGGUUUACUGGUCAAAACUAUAGAGGCAAUUAGAUACUUACAGUAUACAAGAGCUAAAACUCAUAACUAAGGAUUAAAGCACAACUAAGCAACCGAUUUGGCACAUCUAAUGCUCUUUUUAGAAAGCCAAAAUUACUUGAUCAUUAAAAAUGCACUUAUAUAUUUGUUACACUGUAUUGAAAGAGAUUGUGUUAAAUACACGUUUACUCAGUGCAAUGUAGGAAUUGUGUGUUCAGUCUAAGACAAGAGCUUUCUUAAAGAAGAAAGGUUGAGUCCUAGGCAUUUACAGAGGGUUGAUCCAGUUCCUUUAGUGGUAAUUGUAUCAAGCCAAAAGAACAAAUAAGGCAUAUUGUAUGUUUAUCGUGAUUACAUGCUGCAGGUUACUCUGUGAUGAAUAAAGGAAGUCUUUAGGAGUUUUAUAUUGAAUGUUUGGGCACAAAUUCUUAUUUCUAUUCUUUACAGAAUCUUAUGAAAUUAUAGGCAUUAUCAUGUUCUUCCCUGCAUUUAUCAACUAAUGUAAAAACAAUAUAUAAUGUUAAGUCUGACUUUUCAUGCAGACUGUCAAAUCCCUUUAUCAAAAACCAAGCUUUAUUAUUCUGUUCUUUACAGUAUAUUCCAACUUUCUACUGGUGUCUUUAGAGAGAGAAAAAAUCCAAUAUAACCUAGAAAAAGAUAUAGUCUUUUACAAAAUUCCAAAGAGAAAUUUACUAUGAGCAAGUAGCCCUAUAAAAAAGGAUGUAUUUGUUUUGCAAAAUAUUUUGAAGCCAAUAGAUGAAACAGAGAAUAAUUUAACCCUUAUUCUUCCCUUAAUAGCUUUCAUAUUUUUACACAUCGUGCCACAGUUGUAUACAUAGAUAUAAGUUUAUUGAAGAUACUGUAAUUAUAGAAAAUGUUGCUAUUUUAGAAAUCCCUGAAAU